AUGCUUAAGCUUAGAGGGUGCGGGAUUUUGAGGCUGCAAUGUCGGUUUUGGAGAGGUUCUCGUCUCUUUUCAACGCAAGAAACCGAAGAAUCCUCGCCAGAUGAGGUCCUCAAGAAGUCAGAUCCGUAUGCCAACCUUCCAGAAGCAAGCUACACGUUUGAUCUGUCCAUUUCACCAGAUGCAGAGCCCAAAGAGUACAAAGAAAUCAAGUACUGGGUCGAGGACCAGGACUCGUUCGGGCUCGACAAGGCCAAAAUCACCAUGAAAGACUACUUCGCUGGAGAUCUCCACCAGAGCCAUAAGAUCUUUGUGGGACAGCAUAACAACUAUAAGCAGGGCCAGAAGGUCGAGCAGAGAACGUUUUUGGACCUUCGUCUUAUACGGUUGAAAUCGGGAGAUGGUGGAAAUGGAUGUGUUUCCUUCCAUAGAGAUGCCCAUAGACCAGUUGGACCUCCAGAUGGAGGAGACGGAGGCAACGGUGGAAACAUAUACGUUCAGGUUGUGAAGAACAUGGGCCUGUUGCACGGGAUCCAGCGAAGCUACCAGGCCAAAGGAGGCAGUCCAGGGUCGUCCAGCCAGCUAGAUGGAAAAAGAGGUGAAGAUAUCAUUUUGGAGGUUCCAGUUGGAACGACAAUGCGGUGGAUUCCUGAUCCGCUUGAUGUGAAGAGGCAGUUGAAGUUUGAAGCUGGCGGUGAUAUUGCUAAUGUUACUAUGGGCGUAGACGUGACGCCAGACCAAGACCUCCAGUUAUACAGAAACGACUACAUUCCAGGCGAAGGAUGGACGUUCAAGGAGAAAGGCGAAGAGUACCACCAGGAAAGAGAGUACUUCACGGAGUUGAACGAGCAGGUGAAGGACUACGACCGUGAGAUCAUUGCCGAGGAGCUCACCCAUGACAGGUUCCCGAUGAAAGGACUAGACUUCGAUAAACCCACCGAAAAGCCUGUGCUUAUAAUGAGAGGCGGCAAAGGAGGCAUGGGAAAUAUGCAUUUCUUAACUGGCGACGUGAGGAACCCCAGAUUCAGCAAGAAAGGCCGCAAGGGACUCUGCGAGUACUUCAUGUUGGAACUUAAACUUCUUGCCGAUUUGGGUCUUGUGGGGUUACCCAACGCCGGCAAGCUGACGCUCCUUCGGGCCAUUUCCAGAGCCCGGCCCCGGGUGGGCCACUGGGAGUUCACGACGCUCCAGCCUACGAUUGGCACGAUAUUUACGAGAAUCGACCAGGAUCCGUUUACUGUGGCUGACAUUCCUGGGAUUAUCAAAGGCGCCUCUGAAAACAAGGGCAUGGGCAUGGAUUUCUUAAGGCACAUUGAACGUUCUGGAGGACUAGUGUUUGUGGUUUCGUUGGAAUCCAAAGACCCUUCGCAAGACUUGCAAGUGCUAAUAGACGAAGUGGGCGAAAAGCGGAUGAAGAAUAAGAAAAUCAUGGUCAUUGCUACCAAGGCAGAUCAAACAAAAAAUGGGGAGAGCUACGCACAGCUUGUUAAGUUCAUCAAGAACCUCGACAGCACUUGGCACUACAUCCCCGUGUGUGCGCCUAAAGGAGAGAACAUUGAAGGUGCAAUCAAAAUGAUGAGUCUGCUAGCAAAAAAAGACGGCACGAGCGACUAA